AUGGACAUAGAAAUGUUUGUCUAUAUACAAUAUCUAAGUCAAAGCAGAUUUUCUGGUUUAUUUUUGGGAUACGAUUCUAAUUUCCUUUUAUUCAACUUUAUAUCAAUUUGUGAACUUGAAUUGAAUAUAGUUGAAGGGUUUUAUUUUGUGACUUCCAAGUUGAUUCACAUACAAAUAACUCUUAAAAGUAAAAAUAAGACAAAAAAUUACAUUUCAACACCUUUAUUCCGUAACACAUGGCUCAUCAUGGAGAAAGACGAAUUCUGUGGAGAAAAACAUUUGAAUUUAUUUUUGAUUGAUCUUAAUUCAAAUGAUUAG